GCAGUAGAGAGAGCAGCCGAUUUCCCCGGCCCGGCCCAAACUCCCCAAAGCCACCGCUUUUGGUUUGCUUUCUCCCUUCCCUCCGGCCGGCGCCGCCACCACCCACCGUCCCACCCAUGGCGCUCGCCGCCCUCGAGAGCUGCUUCCGCGCCGUCCCGCCGGAGGCCGUCGCCGCCGUCGUCGACUGCGUCCUCGCCUCCUCCUCCCCCUCCGCCUCGCCCUCCGAGCUCUUCCGCUCCCUCCUCGACUCCUUCCCCAAGGCGCAGGACGGCGGCCACGGCCAUGCCGCCGCCCUCUCCCACGCGGCCGCGCUGUGCCAUCUGCUCCCCCGCGUCGGCGGCGACCCCGGGGACGCCCUGCGCGCGCUGCUCUGGGGGGUCUUCCUGCCGCUGCUCCGCCGGGAGGACGCCCAGCCCGGCCGGCUCCAGCAGCAGGCGGCCGCGCUCAUGUGCGACGCCGUCUCCCGCGCCCGGUCCUGGGACCUGCUCGGAGCCACCGUCCUGCCCUUCUGCGUCCGGUCCUGCGCCGCCGCAAUGGCUCUGCCCACCACCCACCAGUAUGACGGCGACGAAACCACCGUCUACCGCUACCACUGGGCCGCCGCCGCCGCCGCCGCGGAUGGUGGGCUGUCAGGGGAGGCCGGGCUGCUGCCGCUCUCCAGGGCCACCGCGCUCUUAUCGUCGUUGCUCGGAGACGCGCUGAAGAGGAGAAGGGAGGCCCAUGAGGAGGGCGCCGACGCUUCCCUUGAUGCACUGGUGCAGAAUUUGACCUGGGACCUGUCCAGGCUUGUGCUCAACAUGUUUGACCUCGGCCAAGAGUAUCGGUCCUGCGCCACCCGGGUCCUCCUGCAGCCUCUGCUGGCUUCACUAGCAGAUGUUUCUUGCGUCACCGUCGAGUUCGGUGCGGUCCAGCUUAAACUAUCUAGGUCCGGUUUCUUGGAGUCCAUUUGGAACUCCUGUGUCUCUCUGUUCUCUCUUGGCCGCCCUGAGCGGCUGGAUGCGUACGAUAUACUCUCUCUGUACUUCUCGGUGUUGAAAUCGGGACAUCAGGGUGCUAUCCUAGGAACUGCUGAUGAGGUCCAGAACUUUGAUCUGAGGAAUGUCACUGAGUUUUGGGAUGAACUGCGCAGGGGGCUGGUUGACAAGGAUUCUUCAGUAAGGAAGCAGGCCUUUUACGUCUUGAAAACAUCGCUAAGCAUAUUUUCUUUCGGAAAUGACGGGAGCCAGCGAUGCUCUGGCAGGAGCCCAGCUGCUUUGCCUGGUCAAGACAAAUCAAAUGCCGCUGUGACAAAAAAAGAAAGGUGGGCUAACAAAGAGGCCAAAUCCCUAGGUGUUGAAGAAAUCAAGCAAUCAGAUGAGCACUGUUCAAGUGGUCAGGACCGAUGGAAGGUCUUUCUGUUACUCUAUGAGAUGCUCCAGGAGUUUGGGACACAUUUAGUUGAGGCAGCCUGGACACACCAGGUACUGUUAUUGUUUGAGUCUACACCACAGAGUGACUAUUUGGAUCACAUAUCAUACAGAGCUUUUCAUGCUCAGAUGGAAUCCGUGGAAGGGAUUUUCAACUGGAUGGCGGUACUGUGGGAGCGUGGGUUUACUCAGGAUAAUCCUCAAGUGCGGUGCCUGGUAAUGCAAUCCUUUUUGGAUAUUGAAUGGGAGCGUUACAAAGGCUACGCCCAAAUGGUCCCUAGAGGCUUUGUUCUUGGCCCUCUCAUACGUGGUUUGAAUGAUGUAGUUCAUCAUAAGGAUUUUGGUGUUGGUGGUGUCUAUAAUUCAGAAGCCAUAAAAGGUGCAGAGAGGUUUUUCAGCAAUUAUGCCCAGAAAUUGACGAUACGUGAGCGUUUACAUCUGGUUUGGAGUCUGGCAUCUGCUGCUAAACAAGAUUCAUUUGGCCGACCAGGAUUAAUGACUCUUGCAUUCUGUAUCGCGUCAUGCGCUUGUCAGUCAGAUACACAUGACUUACCAUGUGGGUCUGCUGUCAACGAAUUGGCAAAGUGCAAUGGAGAUACAUCUAUAGCAGUCAAUACUGCGGAUCUUUUAGAUGCCUUAUGGAUUCUUAGUGAGAGGAGUAAACACCACUUUAAUCCAAAGUAUCGCCUAAAAGUUUGUGAACAGGUUAUCAAAGCCGUAGCAUCGUUGACAAGUGCAGCUGAAAUUCCACUCAAUCAGCUUUUCAAUUUCAUUUCUACAAUACCUCGAGAGUGUACUGAUUCUACUGGACCACUGAGGGGUACAGUCCAGAAAUGGCUUCUUCAGAAAAAAGAAUGUUCUGAGAGGAACACUUUGUUGGAUGAGCUUAUUGAUUUCCCAACCACCUUCAUGAAGCACACAUGCAUAGAGGGGUCGUAUUUAUAUGAUGACGAGGAUGUGGGUGCAUGGGAAGCUGAAGCACGGAGGUGGGCCAGGACCCUUCUUCUUGUAACCUCAGAGGAACAUCAUUUCAAGCAAAUAUUUACGUUCCUGGAGAAAUGUGGUAACAAGCUUCCUGAACAUUCUUCAACGAGAAAAUGCGCUGACGUGAAGUUUUUUAUCAUCAUUAUAUGCUUGAUCGAGGAGCUUCAAGUGAGACAGAAAAAGCUUGUUCACCAAAAUAAUGCCAUCGCCGGUGAAGGUUCAGAUACGACAAAUGGAUUAGAGCACCGUGUUCUCACCCAGAUGUUUGAAAAAUUAUUGCUUUCAGUUCUGGAAAAUAUGGUGGUCUACAGCAAGCAAUCUUGCUCAGUUUUCUGGUUAAAAAAUACGGACAACAUGGAUUUACCAUGUUCUAUUAAAGGAAAGCUUGGAGGUCCGAGUCAGCGUCGUUUAGCUACUUCUGUAACCUCUUCAGUGUUGCAGUGUAUUUGGUCUAUGAGGUGUGUUAGUUCUGUUGUUUCAUGGUGUAACCACUACACCUCUGAUGUUUCUUUUCAUUCAGCAUUUUCAUUCCUCUGGGAAUUCUGUUGGGAAGUUAUCCAGCAUUGUACUUAUGCCACUGAGACUGGAGCUGAGCUUCACUUGGCAGCUUAUGAAGCUCUAGCUUAUGUUCUAGCAGCUCUAUCUACUGCCCCCUUUUCUCAGUUUCUGGAUUUUGUGGAAACAAAGCAAAGAAACCAAACCAUCAUAUUAUCAUUGGAUCUUCUGGCGACCACUUUUCUUGGCAAUAUAAACAAUCUCCUUACAAAUGGAGUCCUAACACGAAGCAGACGAGCUGUUUUAAUGUGUUGGAAGUGGCUUUGUGUAGACUCCCUUUUAUCCAUUCCUAGCUGCUGCGAGGAGAAUGAAUCUCAGAUGAAGACAUCAGGUUCCUUUUAUUCAGAUUCAACCCUCCAGUCCAUCUUUCUUGAUAUUACUGAAAGUCUUGAAAAUGCUGGCGAGAAUUCUGUUGUAUCCAUCCUUAGAUGCGUGAGGUCUGUAUUGGGGCUUAUACACUUAAAUAGGAGCCACCAAAAUUUAUCCUCUCUGGGCAUCAGUUAUGAGAUGAUGAUGCAAUUGGUAAAGUCUUCCUGGGUCUUGCACCUUAGCUGCAAUAAACGCAGGGUCGCACCAAUUGCUGCACUGCUGUCCGCAAUAUUGCACCCAUCAACCUUUCCCAAUUUGGAAAUGCACCAGACAAAUGAAAAAGGGCCAGGCCCUUUGAAAUGGUUUGUCGAGACUCUUCUUAAUGAAGGCUCAAAGAGUCCUCGAACUAUUCGCCUAGCAGCUUUGCACUUGAGUGGUCUAUGGUUGAUGUACCCAAAAACUAUUAGAUUUUACAUGGAGGAACUUAAGCUAUUAGCGUUAUAUGGAUCUGUGGCAUUCGAUGAGGAUUUUGAAGCUGAACUGUCCGAAAAUCAUGAGGCAAGAUUUGAAGUUUCCAUGCUAGCGCAAAGUCCAGACCGUGAAUUCACAGAGGUGUUCAUUAAUACAGAAUUGUAUGCCCGUGUUUCAGUUGCUGCUCUAUUUCAUCAGCUAUGGAAGCAAAUCAAAGAAAAGACCAAAUUGGAGACAGAAGAAGCUCUUGAAUGUGGCAAACUAUUUUUACUUAAACUUCUGGAUUCAGCGGUGAAUGACAAUGAUCUCUCGAAAGAACUUUACAAAAAAUACAGCAGUGUACAUAGGCGGAAAGUUCGCGUGUGGCAGAUGAUAUGUGUUUUGUCAAGCUAUGUAGAGGAAGACAUAGUUGAGAAAGUGACAUCUACUGUUCACACCUGUCUUUAUAGAAAUAACCUACCUGCUGUCCGGCAGUACUUGGAGACGUUUGCUAUACUUAUUUACUUAAAAUUUCCAACACUGGCUGAAGCACAGCUUGUUCCUAUUUUUCAUGACCACGGAAUGCGACAACAGGCACUAUCUUCAUAUGUUUUUAUAGCAGCAAACGUGAUCCUCCAUUCAGGGGAGCUGGUUGUCCAGAGAAAGCAUCUUAAUCAACUGCUUCCUCCAAUAAUUUCAUUCUUAACAUCCCAUCAUCACAGUCUACGUAGUUUCACUCAGGUAAAACUAUGUACUCCCUCCGUCCGGAGCCACUGCCUCCGAUCCUAG